GGAGGCCAUGUACCGCCUGCCGGACCUUUCUUUGAAGAAGCAGCGGUGGGACCUCUCGAGCUCUCCCGGGCUGGAACAUAUGGGGUUGCGGUUAGGGAUGUGGUACUGGAAGGAUGACUCCAGAACUCUUGAAUUCAGAAGUUUUACACCAGUGGAGCUCAAGGAGAAAAGCAAGAAGGGCAAAUCGGUGCACUUUGCAGAAAGCGACGGCACAGCGGCAGACAGGUUGGCAGAGAAGAGGUUUGCUGCACGAGACGAGAAGGUAGCUAAAGCCUUAGAGAAGCGGGGUCAGCAGGGCUACGUGACGCUAGAUGAUGUUAAAUACGUUGCUCUGCUUCUGCUACAAGAGACGGAGAUGCGGCGGCUCUGUUCUUUCACCACGUUCAUGAAGAAUAAGAAUCUUGACAAUUUCCUCAUGGCAUUAUUAUACUAUUUAUCUCAUUUUUUAGAGAAAAUCUCACUGGAAAAAAAGUAGCCCAGUUCAGGAGUAAUAGCUCUUGUAGAGAAAAAAGAGAUGGAAUUGGUGUUAAGUAAGUUAGACGCAGCCCAGAAAUACUUGGCGCAGAAGUACUGUAUCCUCGUACUCGGCCUGGGAAUGCCUGACAAGCAUCACAUGUGCUGUGGAAAGGAGAAGAUCUCAGACACACAAAAAGACUGGAAGUUCUUCGAGUCCUUUUUCACGUUCUGUACCUACAUUGCCUGGAUUGUCUUCCGACGCCAACACCUGACGGAGAUCGAAGAAGAAAUCGGGAGACUCUUUCGCUCCAACAUGUUCAACAUUCCCCGGCGCAAGCGCGAGGACGAGGAAUCGGGCGGCGAGAAGAAGCGCAUGACUUUUGUGCAGUUCAGGAGAAUGAUGGCCAAGCGCCCAGCGAUUAAAAAAGCCAUUAACAUGCGCUCUCCAGUCAUGUCCACGCUGCUGCCCUCCCCCAGAGAAAAGGCUCAGAGCAUCUUCGAGAAGAAGUAUUACCACGCAGGCAUCAGACCUCCCGGCCCGAUCCAAAAGUGCAUGGAGAGCCUGGACUCGGUGGCCAUUCCCGUAGUUGGCAUCUUGGGAGAGCCUCGGUGUCUGUUCAGCCCACAUACGCUCCAGCCUCUUGAACUGGAAGAGACGGCGAAGCAGUCAGGGAGACUCUCUUCCAUGAUACAGAAUGCCAUCAUCCGGGCUCAGAGCAUGUCUGACUUAGCCCUGCAGCCACUGUCCUCUCAAGUAAUGCUCUAACUCUCACCCGGCCCAUGCCACGUCUGUGACUAAGUCGCUGUCUUUGAAGUAAACUACUUAGGUUUAAAAUAUAA